AUGGCUUCAAAGAAAUCAUUAAAAACAUCGAGAGUAUCAAAAACAAAAAAACCAUCAUCUAAAUCACACAAAUCCUUCAAAGUGAAAAAAUCAAAUAAUUCAUCCAAAUCAAUAAAAAAAACGAAUGCGAAAAAUAAUUCAAAGAAAAACAAGAAAAACGAAACAACAACAAGGCCUAUCGUUGAUAAUAAUUUCGACGAUGAUGACGUUGAAUUAUCGGAAGAGGGCAUUGAAUUUUUCAAAAAUAACUGUCAGUAUACAGAGUUCUUGAAAAACAUUAACUCGGAACAAGAAUAUGAAAGAAAACCUCGUAGGAAUAAAGAUUGGAUAACUCAAAAGUUCACAAAACUUCCAAUUAAAUUACCAGAUGGAAAGAUCAAACAACCAAAACAAAAUCCUAAUAUAAAAGAAGAAUUAGCAGAAACAUCUCAAAAGAUAACUGAGGAUCCUGAAAAUAAUAUUGGACAACUUAAAUAUUUAAGAGAAUUUGCUAAAGAUGAAAACUUGACAAUAAAAAAAUUGGCUUUUUAUCGAAUUCGUUUAUUAUCAGAUAAAGAAAAAGUUGUUCAGAUUAAGAAAAUUCGUCAUUUUGAGCAAAGUUUACUUGUAAACUAUCAAGAAUAUUUAAGAUCACUCGAAGCUGCAUUGGAAGAUGAACUAGAUAUUAAACAAAAAUCAAAUAGUGAAAACUCUAAUAAUAAAAUCAAAGGAAUAAAACGAAAACGAGAUAAGCAUGAACCAGUUAAACAUUUGACAAGAAAAAUGAAAAAAUUGGAAAAAGAACGUAAAAUAAUAGAGAAUGAAAUGAAAGAGGCUGAGGCAGUUGUGGAUAAAGAAGAAAGAGAGAAAACCCAUACAGAAACAUUGAAAUUAGUAUUCACCACAUAUUUUAGAAUAUUGAAAUAUGCCAAAACAUCACCAUUAUUAUUAUCUGUAUUAGAAGGGUUAACAAACGUGACAACUGAACAUCAAUUAUUAAUGAAAGGAUUUGAUUUCAUGUUUUUUAAGCGAAGAACGAUACCUAUUGAAAGAUCAGCUGCAUUUUUAAAAAGAUUGUCGAUAUCUUGUUUAAAUUGGCCAAAUAAAACUGUAUUAUCUUGUUUAGAAAAAAUUGAAAAAAUGAUUCAGCGACAAUCCAAAUUAGAAGCGUUAUUAACUUCAGAUGAUAGAGCAUAUAAUGGUAUAUAUCGUCCAGAAUUAGAUGAUCCAGAGUUAUGUAAUCCUUUCGCAACCAGUUUAUGGGAAUUAAAUUUAUUAGAGAAUCAUUAUGAUCCAAAAAUACGCGCAGCUGCUCAUACCUUAUCAACGUAUAAGUCACAAAAAAAUUUGUAA